UUUGCAGGGAACACAGUGCACCGCUUCCCCAGUUAACUAUUGGCGUCCCUACAGGUUUGUUCCCAGACGCCCGAGAUGAGCAAAGGGCUCUGGAGAUGAUUUUCCAAAGGACCCAUUCAUCAGGGAGCUCUGCGAGCCCUCGUCUUUAAAUCGAGGGCAAGGAUUAGGAUGCAGAGUGGAAAGGCUGAGGACAAAACACCCCUCAGAGAGGGUUUCAGUUGUUGCCAGCGGCACCGGGAAGCCGGAGGGUUCUCCCGGCGCUCCGUGUGCGCGGUCAGACAACCAGCCACGCUUUGAAACUUUCACUGCGCAUCUGUGCAUCCCUCGCCUGGGCUCGGCAGCGAGCCAAGGGGCUGAAUUCCUGCGAGCCCGUGCAGCUCCCACCCGUCCCCAGCGCUAGGACCCAGAGGGAGCCGGAUCGCUGUGAGUCAGUGCGGCGCUGAGCCCUGCGAGCGCUGAAUGAGGCUGCGAAGGCAGAGGGAAUGUGAAUGGAUCUUCUGGCUUGGGAGAGUGGCCGAGCACUGGGGUGCUGCAGAGCGCAGAGCGGCCUGGAGACCCCCCGGCAGCCCCUGUCCCCCCGGCGUCCAGCGCUCCGGCUCUGAGGUGCAUAACGUAAUGUCCAUGCUGUACUACACUCUGAUUGUAGCUUUUUUGAUCGGCACACAGGCAGCUCCAAAGUCAGAGGACAAUGCUCCCCUGGAGUAUCCAGCAGAACACUCCCUGCUCGAUGCCCACCGGAGCAACAGGCACCACAUUCCCGAGGCAGCCCCACGGACGCCCCACGGCCACGCCGCUUGGAGCAGGAGAGAAGCCAUAAACAUCACUGUGGACCCCAAAAUCUUUCGGAAGAGGCGUUUCCGCUCUCCCCGGGUGCUGUUCAGCACGGAGCCCCCGCCCGUGGCGGGGCAAGGACAGAGUCUGGGAUUCCUCGGCGGCGCCGGUUCCCUCAACAGGACUGCCAGGACCAAGAGGUCCACGCACCCCGUGCUGCACCGGGGGGAGUUCUCGGUGUGCGACAGCGUCAGCAUGUGGGUCGGGGACAAAACCACGGCCACUGACAUUAAAGGCAAAGAGGUGACGGUGCUGGGAGAGGUCAACAUCAACAACAACGUCUUCAAGCAGUACUUUUUCGAGACCAAGUGCAGGGACCCCAAGCCGGUGUCGGGCGGGUGCCGCGGGAUCGACGCCAAGCACUGGAACUCGUACUGCACCACCACCCACACCUUCGUCAAGGCCCUGACCAUGGAGGGCAAACAGGCGGCCUGGAGGUUCAUCCGCAUCGACACGGCCUGCGUGUGUGUGCUCAGCAGGAAAUCAGGGAGACCCUGACCGGGGAGCUACGCCCUCCAGCACCCUCCUACCCCCCUACCUCAGUCUGUAAAUUAUUUUAAGUUAUAAAGGACUGCAUGGUAUAUUUAUAGUUUAUACAGUACAGAAAGAACCUCAUUAUUUAUUAAACUCUUUUGGAAA